AUGACGAGUUGACUUGGACUUGUCUUGAAGAAGGCAGCCGAAGUAGAACAAAUUAGCAAACCGAUUAUUAAAAUUGCUGCUUCUGCUUCAUUAUAUAUAUAUAUUUGAUUGAGGAAUUCGAUGAGUGUCGAAAUAAUAAUAACGCGUAUGCAAAGUGAAACUCGUCACCGUUAUGUUUAAACGAAUAGGAAUGAUUGAGAAGUAGUAUGCCGGUACGCAUGUGAAGUGCACUGUGUAGGUUAAAAACAUUCAUUUGUAUUUAGCGACUGUUUAUUUAUUAUUCAAUUACUGAUGUGCAGUGAAUUUUAUAAUUCAAACCUUUGAUUUACAAAUACGUUUUUAGUUGCUUGAAAAGAAAUUGAAUGUUAGAUAGAUAAAAUUGUGUUGUAAACUCCUACCAAACGCCGAAAACAUGUCCAAGCAUUUAUUGAAUACGGUAAUUGUAUUCUUUGUAACCCUAAUAAAAGUGUGUGAUGUUGUUAGCUUUGGUGAGGUUAUUUACGCUAUAAAUGCCGGUGGUGACGCCUUUACGGACAGUAUGGGAAUAACGUAUGAUCGGGACCCAUUAUUCGGCAAAGUGGGAACCGCAUCAGAUUAUGGUAAAAGACUUCUUAUUGCUAGAGUUCCAGCAAAUGACCAAGUGCUAUAUCAAACAGAGAGGUAUCAUCACAGUACUUUUGGCUAUGACAUUCCCAUCAAUGAGGAUGGUGACUAUGUUAUGGUGCUAAAAUUCUGUGAAGUUUACUUCAAUGCUCCAAAUAUGAAGGUGUUUGAUAUUGUUCUAAAUGGUGAUCAUACAAUUGUGGCCGACUUGGAUAUUUAUGACAGAGUUGGUCAAGGUGUCGCUCAUGACGAAUAUGUUCCGUUCAGUGUGAAGCAGGGCAGACUUUACUAUAGCGAAGAAGAAUCUGACAUUCGAGCAGGAAAAAUUAGAAUAGAAUUUAUAAAGGGAUAUAGAGACAACCCAAAAAUUAACGCUGUUUAUGUGAUAAAGGGAAAAGCUUCGGACAUUCCGAAACUGCCGUCAAUGCCGGAGAUGGAAGACUGGAAGGUGGUGGACGAGGUGGAGGGUGACAAGGGCGGAAACGGGGCAGGGGUGGGCGCGGGGGGUCGCACUCGACGGCCGUCGGGCCCCCGCACCCCCGACCCCUACGCUGUCGACGACUCAUCACUUAUGCUUCCUGUGUUCGUUGCCAUCGGCGCCUUCAUUCCCCUCCUCUUCUGUCUCUGCAAACUCUAGAGGUCUGCUCAUGCGCACACCAACCACCGAAAGCUGCGCAAACCCACUCAGGGCUUUCUUCCCAAACCACUCUAACAGGUUUGUGCAACUUCGGAAAGUUAGUGCCGGACACUAACUGCGAGUUUGUGCGCUAUUCUCGGAGUUUGUGAAAAGCAACUUGACAAGUUGAUUUGCAAUACUAGAAGUUUGUGAAAAGCAACUUGAGGAGUUGAUUUACAAUACUAGAAGUUUUGUGUGAAAAACAACUUCAGGAGUUGAUUUACAAUACUAGAAUUUUGUGUGCAAUUGUAGGACUUUGUGGAAAGUAUCUUGAGGAGUUGAUGUGCUGCUAUCCUAGAAGUCUCAGGUAAACAACUUGAGGAGUUCAUGUGCAAUUCGAAAGUUUGUGGCAAGCAAGGCAAGAAGUUCAUGUGCAAUUCUAGAAGUUUGCAGCAAACAGCUUAAAGAGUUAAGUGCAAUUCUAGGAGAGAAAAUCAAUUAUACAUGAGUUCUAGAAAUGUAUCUAUUCUAGGAGUUUGUGAAAAGCAUUGUUAGGAGUUCAAGUGCAAUUCUAAGAGUUUGCGAAAAACAAAUGUUGAAGUUUUGUGUGCAAAGCAACUAUUGAUGUCUGUACAAAAGAAGUUCUUGUGAAAAAUAGUUUUAAAAAUAUGAUGUGCAAAGCAACAUUGGAAGCAUAUGUGGAAAGCACUCCAAAAAUUUCUGCGGAAGGAAACGUUUGUGUAAGAUAAACUAGCUUGUUACCACAAAAGUUGAGAGUUCUCAUAAACUCCAGAAUCUUGUACAAGCUAUUUUUAGGAAUUGACGUAAUCUCUUUCCCAGAAUCUUAUGUAGUAUCAAAUUUUCUCAUUCAAUGUAGUAAUUAUAUGAUCUGUGAACUGUCCAAUUAAAUUGUGGAAUUUUUUAAAAUUGUGAGUAAGAUACUGUUGUAAUGUGAAAAUUUGAUACUAGUCUAGAUUAUUGGCCGAUAGUUGAGAAAGGAUGACGAAAUUCCUUCUAGGAGCUUUCUAGGAUCCAUCUAAUCUAGAAUAUCGUGCUUACCAAGUUUAUAAGUUUGUAGAAGUAUGUGCACCCGGAUUGAUUUUGUGAAUGAAGUUUGAAGAUUCCAAGUUGGAAAUUGGAGUUCGGGAGCUAUGAUUAACUAUGAACACGUAGUGGAAUUCACCGCAUUGCUUCGAUUCAAGCUGUAUUGUCAGUACGUCACGCGCCGCGCACACUCACAUAAGAGGCCAUCGCUUGCUGUCCGUCCGUCUGUUAGGAAGCAAGUGCCAGAUUCGUAGUAAGUACGUUGAAGUACUUUCUUACCCAAUUCAAGCAUUGAAUUGAAUUUAUUGUGCUAGGAUAGUUUAGUAGUAACGUUCAUCGUAGAUCGAUAGUAAAGUAGAAGCGAUUUAGGCUAUUCAAUCACGUACCACGUUGAACAUUGAAUGAAAACGUGGAAACACCAUAGAAACUAUGUUCGCUAUUAAAUUACGUCCCACUAUGAUUAUUGGAUGAAAAUGUGUAACGAUAUUGAUAUUAUGAUGAUGGUAUUGUGGAAAUACAGUAGAAACCUCCGAUCAAUCGGUUGUAAAAUAUGAGACAAACUUCGUAUAGAUUCACACUUUUACUCAAAGCGUGACCAAUCACAAAGUGACAAACAUUAUUGAUGUAAAUAUCUUAUUUUUCUUCGACUUUUCCCAUCAUUUAUUCAUGUUGAAUUGACUAAAACAUAUUAUUUCUCGGCUGCAACAACCGAGAUCAUCCGGAAAACUUAGCAUUAGUUCCACAAUUUUCUGAAAUUGAUAGAGCAAUAGAGGUAUGGAAUAAUAUUAUAAGAUUGAUAAUGCCGUUUCUACUGUAUUUUUAAAUAAUUUUAAAUCGACUAUGUAUUCUAUAUAGGCUAUGUCCUGAACCAAUAUUUUAGACUUACUCCCUAGUCCAUCUAUUGAUUAGCCAGAUUGGAGUUUUUAAAAAUACUUCGGAACUGAAAUAAAUUGCUAAGAUCUUAAUCGUGAUUGUGAGAAGUUUUAGUUUGGUUGUUUGUUCAUUUCACAUUUAGUUGAUAGGAAGUUUCAAUUGAACUCUAUUAGUUAUUUAUUCUUUCUACUUACUAAUACGAGUAGUUCAAAUAUUUUAUUCAAGUCUAUUUUGUUAUUAUCAACCCCAGCAGAAAUGUUAUGUAUAUUAAAAGUGUACGAACAUUACUUAAAAGUUAUAAUAUAUUCGGUAUAAACAAUAAUGGAUUGGCGAAAUUCAGGAGUUUCAUAGUGUAAUUGGGAAUAAUAAUUAUUAUAUAUUAUUAUUUUAUGUUGAUGUUGGUAUUGCUGUGAGGAAUAAAUAAAUAAUAAAGCGCUUAUUUUUAACCAUGAAAAUAUGUCUUGAAACUUAAAAGAAGUGUUCAAGAUACGUGACAUUCUAAGACAACUCUUUGACUCAUUUAGAAAUGAUGAUCAUUUACCAAAAAUAAUUGAAUUUUGUUACGUUCAUUCCAAGGAACCUAAAAUACAUUCUAGGUACAUCGGUUCAUCCUACACUUUCGCCAUAAACUUUUAAAACUUUUUAGAACUUUUGGUUCUAUUCAUUCACGCACAAUCUCUUUCUCAUGCAAUUGAAAAAUGUCUAUUCGUAUCCACAUAUUGAGAAUUGGUUUUGCUAGUAUGUAAAAUUGAAUAUGGCUUGUACUCUACCGUAUUUAUAAGUUACUGGAUGUUUGAAUCAUUUUCACAGAAUUUAUGCAAUGUCAUUCAAAGUCAUUGCCAACAUGAAAUUGCAAACUGUUUUUCACAUUGAAUCUAGAAACUCAUUAAUUUAUUAGUAACAUACUUAAAUGAUAAUUGCAAGUAAUGUUGAAGCACAGUAUCACAUCACUGUUGGAACUUGGAUAAAUGAUAUUGAUAUUUAUAAUUUCUAUCACAUAUUAUGAGUUUCAUCAUAACCUAUAGAUAUUAUGUACUAUUUUCUUGUAAAUAGAUAAAACUCAUCACUCACUAUAUUGAACAUUUUUAAUAUAUAAAUUUUAUUAAAAUAAGAUCAUCACAUUCUCCUCAGCAUAAAUAUUUGUUGUUUUUAUUGAUAAUUAUGUUUGGUUCUAUUGAACAGUGUUGAUUAAUUUUUAAGGUUCCUAUGAUGAUAUUAUGUCACUCAUUAAUGAGUUCAUUAAUUAAUUGCAAAUAGUAAAAGUAAAUUUGAUUGAUAUCGGUUUAAUUUGUAUAAUACAUUUUUGACUUGUUUUUCAUUAUUAUUAAACUAUGUGAAUCGUCAGUAAUGUGUUGUGAAAUGUAGGUUUGGAGUGCAAAGCAGUAAUUUCUUGAGAAAUUUUCGAGUGAGAAGUAAUAUAGAAUUGUAAAAAUUGAAAUUAAUCGAUAAAAUUAUUCAGGUUAUGGGUCCUUAUAGGAAAUAUUAGUGAUAUUUUGAUGUAUUAAGAUUAAGUUCUUUUUGAAAUGUUAGGUCUGUGAAUCAGUUAAUAAUGAUACUGUUGAAAUUAAACUAAAAUAUUAUUUAAACUUGGGUUGCCUUGAUUGGGAAUAUUGAUUCAAAUUGUGUUAUAUGAUAUUUCAGUCUAUUUAAAUUAUAUUCAUGAAUACAGACAUCAAAUACUCAAACAUCAUGAUCUCAUAUUAUCAGCCUUUUCAAUUAACGCUGUUUUAUUCAUAGCAAUUAAACCCACGUGAAGUAAUUUUUAGUUGAUUAUAGUAAAAUUGUUAAUUUUCAAUUAAUUCGUAGGCCUAUAUUUCAAUACUUUUGCAAAUAGACAUUGCAUAGUAGGCAUAAUGCAUAACAUUCUAUACCGUAAUUUACAAUGUGCAUUGUACUUUUAAGCUGGAAAUGCUGGGCAUAUUAUAUGGUUUGUAUGAUUGUAUAAAAUUCAAAUGACCGUACUUACUUCAUUUACUACUUUUUAUCGUUUUUUCAAGAGACAGUAUUUUAUUUUUAUCGGUUGUUGAAUGAAUGUAAUAAUAUUUAUUUUGUUAUAAUUUAUGAAGCAAGAUUUUUAGAUUUAUUAUUUGCAGUACUUAAUUUAGUGGUUUUAUCAUGGGCGAUAUAUUUUGUUUUAUUUUUAUUGGAUGAAAUUAAUUGAAUUUUUCAAUAAGCAGAAGAGAGGCUUCAACUAGAAUUUGGAUUUCUGUCAUUGUUGGUAAAGUGAGUUAAUAUGCCGUAUCACUCCAAUAGUCUGAUAUUAUUUUGAAUAUUUUUUCAUAAGUAUAAUUAAGAUUAUAAUAGGAAUCCAUUAUCAAUAAGGAUUAUUUAUUGCUUAUUUUUAUUGAUGCAAAUGAAACAUUUCACUUAUCUAUUCUUCAUCAUGUAUAAAUCAUCUUUCAUUUAUGCUUGAGCAGGUAUUCUAAGUUGUGUCAGUGACAAAAGAGCUAAGGCUAAUAUAUAUAUUUAUUAUUUUGAAGUAUUUAAUGCAUAUUUUAUUUAAUAGAAAUCUUUUAAAAAUUCAAAAUAUAUUUUUGUGGAAAAUUAUCGAAUAUCAAUCAUUUUCAAGAUCUAACUAAGCUCUUGUAAUACUCUUAAACCAAACCAUUCUCUUUCAUAACUUCUUAUAUCUGCCAAGGUGAUGUUUCAUAUAAAUGUAAAGUUCAUAAGUCAUUAUUGAUAUUAUUCAUGUUUCAAUUCUUUUUGCACUCACCAAUACUCAACUGGAUGAACAUUCUCGAUAGUGUCAUUAGUCUUGAGUUUCAAAGUAGCACAAAAAUAAUAUACAAAGUAUUGAUGACAUAAAUCCUUGGCUUUAAGUGCCUUUGACAAGCAUAUUAAAAUUCACUCCAAAGAAACACAAACAUCUCUACUAAUGUGUAAAAAAUUCGAAAAUUGACAAUGAAAGUAAUGACUGAAAUUAAUUUCACAGCAAUUGACAAAACACUGCUUUUCACGCAGACUACGUUAGUCUUCCAUUUCACAAUGUUAUCAGCAUACAUUUUCAACUGUGCUCCAAAAAUAAGGAAUACAAUAAUAUUAUCUGCACAUUACUACCUUGAAUAGAUCAAUUAUUUAAACUUAGAUUGUAGAAAAACUUGACUUUGAAGUAUAUUUAAAUUUUAGUUUCACGGAUUUUCAGGAUGGUUUUAAUGAUUAGUUUUAUAGAAUAUCUGUUGGUUUUAUUGUACUGUAUGUUUCAUCCAGUGGUGAUUCAUUUGUUGUUUUGCAGGAAUUGUGUAUUAUUGUGGUAAUUUUGCAACAAUGCAUAGUAUGUGCAAUAAAUUUAUUUAUACUCUGAAA